AAGGAGUGGAUCCCAUAUGCCAAGUGGUAUGGGAGUGCUCCAGCGGUGAACAUGCUGAGGGCAUUUGGGUGCAUGGUGGUGUUUCAUGUGCCCAAGGAGAAAAGGGGGAAGUUGGAGGCUUCUGGAAGAUGGGGUGUGCACUUGGGGAUUGCAAAGGAUCACAAGGGGUGGCUGCUAUGGGACCUGACCACCCAGAAGCUGACAGUGUCAAGGGAUGUGAAGUUUCUUGAGUCCCUGUACUAUAAGGAAUGGAAGCAGCAGCAACAGAAGCUUCCAUCUACACCGCUCAUUGUGGAGGCAGAUGAGGUGCAGCAGCCUUCAAGACAGGUGGAGGUUGCAGUGUCAGAGGAGGAGAUGUCUGGGGUGACUGAGGAAGGGGGAGCAGCUGAAGUAGAGCAGCAGCAGCAGCAGCAUGAGUCUCCACCUCGAGUUCCACACCCGCCUGAGCGUCCUAGGAGGGAUGUGCGCCCUCCAGUGAGGCUGACCUAUGGGGGAAGAGGCAAGCCGAAUGUGGUGCAGGCUGGGAGUGUGGUUGAGCAGAUUGAGGAAGAUGAGAUCGCUCACUGCUACUGGGCACCAAUCCCUGAGCCCAAGACUCGAGAAGAGGCCUUGAAUGGACCAAAUGGGGAGAAGUGGAAGGCGAGUGAGGAUGAGGAGUUUGGGUCCCUGAUUGAGAACGAGACAUGGGACCUGUGUGACUUGCCUCCUGGAAAGAAGGCAAUCACUUCCAAGAUGAUCUACAGGCACGUAUGGUUUGACUCUGCAAAUUGGUUGGAACAACCAAGCUAGGUUGGCAAGGGUGGCCAACUUGGAUGGAUUGGUUGGGAAGGGACAAAUGUCAAAGUUGGGGUUCCUAUAGG